AUGCCAUGGCUGAGCUUUGCGCCGCCGCUGGAGCGGGCCUUCAUCGAGGAGCGCCACGAAUCCCUCUCUCGGCUGGAUAAAUGCGUUGCCGUGCCCUGGGCCGCCCUGUGGCUGUCCAUCCUGUGGCGCCACUGGCACGCCAUGACAGCGCAAGCCGUGAUGCGCAGCUUCUGCCACUUCAUGGUCAUCAUCAGCCCCUCCUACCUGCAGCUAGUGCUGGGCAGGCGUGCCUACCUGCAGCACCGUGUGGCCAUCAUUGGGCUGGCCCUGACGUCAUACGUGCUGCACCCCGGCGGCGGCCUCUACCGGGACGCCAUGAUGCAGUCGCCGCAGGACAGCCUGGCCGCGCUCAGCCUCUUUGUGCGCCUGCUGGUCGGCUCGCGCACCCUGUUCUGGCUGGUGCUGAGUUUUGGCUACCGCCUGCCGCCGCACACGCUGGUGCCGCUGCAUGGCGCGCUGCUGGCGCUCAAGGCGCUGCUCAAGCCCAGCCAGCCCUUCUGCGCGGUGCUGCAGACCGUCGACACGCAGCCGCUGUUCCAGGCCAUCGCCAUCAACCUGCCGCUGGUCAGCCUCACGCCUCUCGACCGCCCCACCAUCAAGCCCGGCGCCGACAUCUGCAACCCGCUGCAUGCCUGGAUCGUGUUUGGGCUGGGCCUGGCCCUCCCCGCCGCGGUGUCGCUGGUGCGAGACUUUGAGGCGCGCCAGCGCUUUGUGCGGCGGCAUGCGGCCCAGCUGCAGGGUGUGGACCGCGAACGCUGGCUCAGCAAGACGCAGGGCUCCUUUGCGCCGGCCGGCCUGGCGGCGCUGGUGUGGGUGCACUUCAUGACGGCGCUGUGGUACGGCCUCAUGUACCGCCAGAUGCAGCUGCCCAGCAGCAGCGAGGUAUCCGCGCGCUACGCUGCCCACUUUGCCGGCGCCGCGUCGGCCGGCGAGUGA